GUCUUGUAUUCAUCAGUACUCAACCCCCAAAAAUAGACUUUCAAAGAACUUACGAUGGGGGAUACCAAGCUCUGCUUGGUUCUUUUUAGCUGUCUUGCUUUAGCUUAUGCCCAAGACAGCCCUGUAGGUCAACCAGCAUGCUUGUUGGCAAAAAGAUACAAGACACUGCACAAGUAUGAAUACCAGUAUGAAGCUGAGUCCCUGAAUGCCAUUACUGGUGCUACUCAGCUUAGAAAUGGACCUAAAGUAUCUUGCAAGGUUGAGAUUGAAGUUCCUCAGAGCUGCAAUUACAUCCUUCGCACAACAGGCUGUAGCCUAAGUGAGGUGGUUGAUACAGAUGCAGAGGGCAACCCUGUGUUCGGACCUGCAGCUGGCUCUGAUGCCUUUGUAGCUGCUAUGGAAAAAUAUCCUCUGAAGGUUGUAGUUGAGGGAGUGUAUGAUGUGAAACUGUACCCUGAGGAGGAUGAGCCCAUGACCAUCCUGAACAUUAAGAGGGGUAUUGUCUCUGCCCUUGCUGUGCCCCUGCUGGAGGAAGACAAGAACAAGAGACUGCCCACCGUCCACGGCAUGUGCAAAACCAUCUACUCUGUCAAUGCAAGGGAGGACAUAGCCACUGACAUUACCCUCACUAGGGACCUGUCAAGAUGUGACAACUUCAUCCCACAGAGGGCCCACACCAGCCCCCUGGCCCUCAUCUCUGGCAUGCACUACCCUCUUGCCCAGCUGAUCAGGAGCUCUCAGACCUGCAACUACAAGUUUGAUAAUGAGAACAAGCACAUGACCUCUGGUGCCUGCACUGAAAACCACAUCUUGGUGCCUUUUUCUCACAACGGGCAAUAUGGAGUUACCAACGUUGGCAAGCAGUCUUUUUCCCUGCUGGAGGUUUCAGCCUACAAUGAGAGAGUCUUCGACAACAAUGAGGCUAAUCUCAAGGGUCUGGCCAUGGAGGCUGAUGAAGAUAAGAGCGUUGUUCAGAACAAGGAAGCAGCACUGGCCGUCCUGAGAGAACUGGCCACUUUGUCUCAGUCCAACAACGGAGAGAAUAGAGCCCACCUCUUCCAGAAGCUUGUGAGCAUGGUCCGUGGAAUGAAGCAAGAGACCCUGAGCCCUGCUGUUCCAGAGGCCUUCGAAAUUUCCGGUCCCCUGACAUACCAGGUUCUGGCCCAGUGCGGCACACCAGAAUGUAGCAGUGCCCUCAUGCAAAUCCUCAGGACCUUUGACACCUCAGCUGUUGAGGUUGAUGCUGCUGUGUUCACCAUGGGCCUGUUGCCUAACCCCUCUGCCCUACUGGUCAACGACAUGCUGGCUAUGGCUCAGUACAAGCAGAGCAAGCCCAUCAUGUAUGCAUUGAGCAAUGCUGUCAAGAGGUUCUACAAGGCUGAAGGAAAGUUGACCCCUGAGAUCCAUGCUGUUGCUGAGUUUAUGGCUGCCCAGUUGGGGGACUGCUCUGGUGACCAGGAACAUAUUUUCAUGAGCCUUAGGGUUAUUGGUAACAUGGCCGCUGCCAUGGGAGCUGCCAGUCCUGCCCUGAGGACCGCUGUGAUCCAGUGCGUGAACCAGCCCGCUGCCACCCUAGAGGUCCAACAAGCAGCCAUCCAGGCCUACAGACAGACCCCUGUUCCUGAGGAGGCAAGCCAAACUAGGAACCAUUCUUUAGUAGAAACAAAAUCCAGUAACACAAUGAGGACUUAA